AUGGAACAACGGAUGCAAUCUGCUCCCUCACUUUACAUUUUGUUUGUUUGUCUGUUUUCUGUUGCUUCCUACAGGGAAAAAGGAAAAUCAACAGGGCAGAACAUGCAGUUGUCUCUGACACACUUGGAUGAUGCGCCCAUGCUCUUUUGCGAGCGGUGCAACAACCUCCUCUAUCCGGAAAACGACCCUUUGGAUAGGCAGAUGAGGUGGCGAUGCAACUACUGCAGGACAACUGAGGUGCAUGACGAGAAUAAACUUGUGUAUAUUCUAAACCUCAAGUUAAAGACGGGGACAACGGAGGAACUGGAGUUGUUAGCGGAAUUUGCGAACGACCCCACCGCCCAACGUGACCCCACGAAGCGAUGCCGCCGCUGCGGUGAGAAUGACGUGACGUGCUUCGUGAAUCCCCUCGGUCAGCCUCAUGAAGACAUGACUCUCUACUUUGCCUGCGCAAAUCCAAAAUGUCGUCACGUUUGGAAGAGCGGUGAAAGCCAAGAGCAGUAA